AUGAAAGCAGAAGACUGGAGUGGUCGCAAAGCCGCGUUGAGACUGCAGGUUUGGGACAAGCUGGAAAGCGUGGAUGCUGUCCUUUUCCCGCGCCCCUGUCACGGACGAAUCCCGAAUUGCGUCGGCUCGGCAAUGGCAUGCCGGAACCUUUUGGAAGUGCCCGAGAUGAGGGAGGCGUCAGUAGUCAAGGUACACCCUUCCAUUGGUGCUGCGGCUCUCCGGACAGCUUUGGUGAUGGCUGGGAAAACUGUCCUGGUACCCCCGUACCCUGGUGCCGAUUUCCUGUACUUGCAGCUUCAUCGGGAUUACUUCCCCAGCCGUGCAUCCCUUGAGUGGGCUGGAGACAAGCGAGAGUACCUCAAAUGGGCAAAGCCCAUGAAACUGCUUGAUAUUCCACCUGUUGAUGUCGUUGUCGUGGCUGCCUGUGUGAUGGCCAUGAAUGGACUGCGGUUGGGCAAAGGCAAAGGCUACGGGGAGGUGGAGUGGGGAAUUCUCACAGCCUUGGGCGCAGUAGACCCCUCAAAGACACCUGUGUUCAGUAUAUGUCAUGAUCUUCAGCUGGUGGAUACUCUCUUGCUCAGUGAGGAUUUGAUGGAGACUCAUGACCUGCCUGUGGAUGCAUUUGCGACUCCAACGGGUUUUUUCCGCUGCAAGCGGGUUGUCAAGAAGCCAUCGGGCAUUAGGUGGGACUUGGUGGAUUCUCAACUAGAGGAAGACAUCGGUGCCCUAAGAGAGCUUCGUCGCCUUGGUGAUGCGGAGCUCCAGCAACACAGAGAUGCGUUGGCAAGCAGGUCAGCAAUUCCGAAGCAAAAGCUUUGCCAGCAGGACUGCAGCAACUUUUGA